AUGUCGUUUCAUAAAGCUCCGUUUUUGGUGGAUAUUGAUGUUGUUCAAGGGAAGCGAGUGUUGAAACUUGAGGAGAUCUCUGGCAAUUCUUAUUACCAAGACAUGGACCGUUUCGUUGCAAUGGAGAAAGCUCUUCGUACUUGGGCUUAUUGGGUCGAAACAAAUGUGGAUAGAUCCACAACUCAAGUCUUCUUCCUCUCCAUUUCUCCAACGCAUGACAAGUAA